CAAAAGAACAAGCGUUACCUCCAAACUCUCCUGAGCACUUCCCCACCAGCCUCCCUCCUGCCGCAGCAGGAGUUCCAACUGUUCUUCGUUUCCGCUACCUUCCCCACUCCAUAACUUCCACAGCGACCCCCCAUUGUCCUCACUAGAACAUCAUCCAUCAUGCCCGCCUACCGCACUCGCGAUACACACUCUCGAUCACUCGAAGUGACCGUAGACCACGUCCACACCCCGAUGUUCAAUAUCAUAUCCCCGACGCCGCGCGCCUUCACGUUCCCUAAUAUCAUGACCUCUCCUUUAUCUUCGCCGUCCAACUCUCCGUUUGAGGCCGAGCUCAAACCAUCCACGCUCACUCCCCCACCAACGACCCCCACCCCCUCCUCGCACAUUUCAUCCGAUGUUUCUCUCCAAAUCGCGGAGCGCACACAAGCACCGCCCGCGCCCGCUCCCACCAAGACGCACCGCCGGCGCCGCUCUACAGCCAGCGAUCUCAACGAGCGUCGACCGAAGAAGGGAGACGAGGACUACGUCAAGCGGCCAGAGAACGCGUUCAUUCUCUUCAGGCGCAAAUGUUGCGAGGACCGUAAUUCUGCGCUGGGCGCAGGAGAGGCAGGCGAGGGUGGCGACAAGGCGUCCGCGCCAACCAAGAAGCAACGACAGGCUGAUCUCUCAAAGGCGAUUAGCAGGGAAUGGAAGGCCCUCACAGCUGAGGAACGCCAGUACUGGGAGGAACUCGCCAAGGAGAAGAAGAAGGAGCACGAGCAGCUGCAUCCCAACUACGUGUAUAGGCCCCAGCGAGUCAAGGGAAAGAAGGCGGCAGCUCUGAAAGGGAAGGGAAAGAAGCCGGACGAUGAAGAGAUGGACGAUGGUGAGAUUUCGUUCAUCAUGCCACUAUCAGUUCGUCCAGGUCCGCGCGCGGCAUCGGCACCUACUCCUCCCUAUCAGCAGCAUAUCACCGUCCCGCCCGUCUUCAUGUCCUCAACACCAUCAUCACCCUCGAUGGUCCCAACAGGCGCACGGCGACCUUCGUUCCCUUUCCCUGCGCAGAAUGGAGGAUUCAAUUUCGAUUUCGCACCUUCGGAUGGCCUUCAGCAGCCGUACCCCGAACCACAAGGCUGGGAUCCAAACGUCAAUGGCUCGGCGGGUUUUGUUGGAACGUUCGACCCGACGCCGUUCUUUGUCGAUAACAAUAACAAAAAUGACGUUUCCCUUGACUCGUUCGGUGGAUGCCCAGAUCAACGCAUGUUCGCGCCUUCUCAGCAGCUGCUUGUGUCUUCGUAUGCUGCUGGCUCGUCGGGUCCCCCCUCGCCAGACGAUAGACCAUUCACGCCAACGUCCUCCCUUGAAGUGAUUGGUAUCCCCGGCGAAAUCUGGCAACAACACGAAGCGUUCUGUAUUCCUGACGUCCCCACAUCCCAAUGUCCUCCCGAAAUGCUCGAAUUCGAAUAUCGGCCUUUCGCCUGGCCCUCUGCGACGAUAAAAGGCGGAUGGACAAACGGUUCACAACCACUGUUCAACGAGGACUUCGAUCUGAGUAGCCUCUCGCCAAUCGAGCUCGAGGGUGUCAAGUACUCUGAUGAUCCCAAGGCCGCCACCGUCGAGUCCAUGGGAUCCGGAUUUCCCCACGAACAGUACUGCAGUCCAACGCAUAUGGAUGUCGACAGACUGGGCCACGAUCCGUUCACUGCGAUGUUUGGCUACAAUGAUCUGCAGAUGUCUGGCGAACACUUUUCAUGACUCCAUCGAUGAUGCUGCUGUCCCCGGUGGAAGCGGCAUGUACAGAUAGUUGUAUACUCACCUGUUUUCCAUAUCUCCCUUCCACCUCACCGCACUCUUAAACUGUAUCCCACUCACGCCCGCGAUACUUCUGAACAAUUCAUGCUCACCCCUGUAUUACCUGUAGUUCCCAUCGUACGGUUGGUCUUGAUGAUCUGCUGUAUCAGUCACGUCUUUAUGACCCUUUCACUACACUUCUACUCACUAUUCCCCCGGGAUACCUUCCACAGCGGAUUUCCUUCCAUUAUGACUGCUGAUGACAUUUCCAUUAUCGGUUGCUCGAUGUCUUAUUCGCAUAUCUGUGAUGUACUCACCUAGCUGACAGGAAUUCAACUUCUCGAUGGAAUUGAGCAGU